AUGAAACUGCCAAAUGGUGUAAUAGUUUGGAAAAAAAGCCUAUGUGAACUUUUGAUCGUUCAAAUACCCUGUGGUAAGAAGCCUAAAUCAUUUGUGAAAGAAGCUUGGAUUGAAGUAAAAGAUGAAUUCAACAAGAAAAAUGGACAGAGUUUUACUAUGGAUCAGAUUAAGAAUAGGUAUAAUGUGUUGAGGGUUAGACACAAUGACAUGAAGAAACUCAUGUCCCUUAGUGGCUUUGAAUGGGAUUCAGAAGAUAAAAAGAUUAUAGUUGACGAUGAAGGAGUGUGGGAUGCAUAUCUUGGGGAUAUGGACUCCGAAGAAGAGCUUGAAGAACGCACUUUAUUACUUGUGAUUGCAGCAGUUAUCGAAAACGUUAAGGGUCGCAUAUGUAAGGAACCCUGUAGAACUUCUAUACUUACAGGACAUCAACACAUGCAAGAGAUUUUGCACGGCCAUCCCCGUAGAUGUUAUGAGAAGUAUCGCAUGGAGAAAUUUGUUUUCUUAAGGUUGACUCACAUUUUAAGAGAAAGAGAACUUUUACGUGACAGACGAUGGGUUACCAUAGAAGAGCAGUUGGCGAUUUUCCUACUCACAAUUGGACAUAAAGAAGAUAAUAGAAUGUUACAAGAAAGAUUUCAACAUUCCGGUGAAACUAUAAGUAGAUACUUCAAUGAAGUAUUGAGAGCCAUCAUGGAACUUUCCAAGGAACUUAUAAAACCUCCUUCUUUUUCUGAGACUCCAACUGAAAUACUCAACAACUCUAAAUAUUUCCCAUGGUUCAAGGAUUGUAUUGGCGCUAUAGACGGAACACAUAUUAAAGUGAUUGUACCAAUAGCCCAACAAACACCAUACUUCGAUAGGAAAGUAAAUAUAUCGCAAAACGUGAUGGCAGUAUGUUCGUUUGAUUUGAAAUUCACAUAUAUCUACGCUGGAUGGGAAGGAUCUGCAAAUGACUCAAGAAUUUUAUGGGAAGCUUUGAGUAAUAGAAGUCUGAUGUUUCCUCAUUCCCCUGAAGGAAAGUAUUAUGUUGUUGAUGUUGGAUAUCCAAACAUGCCUGGUUUUCUUGCUCCAUAUCGGGGAGUUCGUUAUCACUUACAUGACUGUAGAAGAGGAAGCAAUGGAAGGUUCACUGCAAAGGACUUGUUUAAUUUUGGGCAUUCUUCGUUAAGGAAUGCAAUCGAGCGAAGCUUUGGAGUUCUUAAAUCUCGCUUUCCAAUUUUGAGGGAUCCUGCCUCAUUUCCAUACAACACCCAGGUACAAAUAUUAAUAGCAACAUGUGCAAUUCACAAUUUCAUUAGGACGAAAUCCAAGUCUGAUGAACUGUUUGCAUAUUAUGCAAAUGAAGAAAAUGUCAUAGAUAUUGAUACAUCCCCGCCUGAUGAACCAACGUUUAGUGGUAUGUACGCACAUCAACAAAGAAGAAGUGAAAUGAAUCACGUGAGAGAUGAAAUUGCCGAUGCCAUGUACAGGUUUCGAUACCGAAACUAG